AUGGCCGAGAAGAUCCCCCUUUACCUGACCCUUCUAUGCAUGGCCGCAGCACUGGGCGGUGGGCAGAUGCUUGGUCACAUGAUUUCUCCUUGGAGCUAUCAUGUCUGUAACCAGACAGUCACAGUGAACGUCUCCAAGGUCAUAGCAUUCCAAAAGGCGCGAGAAGAGCCGACCUGGUGCAUGUCAUGGAUUCCGUGGAAGCUGUGUACCAGGACUUCGUAUCACAUCGAAUACCGGACGGUGUAUGUGCCAGAGACCUCCGUAGUGAAGCGCUGCUGCGAGGGCUACGAGCCUGUGGGACAUUACUGCGCCCUGUCUGUGCAGACAUCCCAUGACUGUGCCUCCAGACCAGGAACGUGUCCUGAUAAAGAAGACAAGGAGCAGGGCCCCAAAUGUACGUUCGAUUACGAUUGCCCAGGAUUGCAGAAAUGUUGUAUAUCUUCCAACGGAUCUUUCUGUGCUUCUCCUGCACCUCCAGCUCUAGACAGGAACACAAUCAAAUAUUGGUACAAUGCUACAGCCAUUAUAAAGAUGGCCUACGAAGAACUGAUCCGAUGGGAUGAAGGCUUAGUCAAUCACACAAGACUAUUACACUCAAUGGGAUCUCAUGACAGUAAAACCAUUAAAGGAACCACAACGGAAAUUCAUGGACUUCAGUCUGGAGAACUAUAUACUGUGCAGGUGACAUUCCAGGACUGCAAUGGAAUGGUGCAACUGUGGAAAGGAAGAGUGAAAACAGAGGCUCAUAUUCUAAAUGUAACGCUGAAGAUUGAAAAUUGGAACCUCACAGAAUCUCUGAUGAACCCCAACUCUACAGAACAUGCAGACUUUAUUCGGAAGUUUAUUUUGGAGGUAAAGAAUUCCUUGUCGAAUGAAAUUCCUUCAGAGCGGGUGAUGGUGGAGGUGGAGUCACUGAGCGCGGGCAGCAUUAUCGUCCAUUUCCGAGUCAUUGUCAAUGACUCUGAUGACCCGGUCAAUAUCACAGCGGAGUCCUUCUCCGCCUUCAGUGAGCAGUUUGAAGUUAACCCAGAAUCUAUUGUUGUCACAGAUUUAAAUGAAUGCCUGUCACCUGCGGACAAUGACUGUCACUUAUAUGCAGUCUGCAAGGACCUGGACAGAUCAUACACCUGUGAAUGCCACCCAUCAUUUGUAGAUCGAGAUCCCAGGAGGCCUGGCAGGAACUGUGAGGAUCAUGUCAGUCCGUUAUCACCUUCUAUGGAGAACAUAGAUCCCACAGCUGGAGGAUCUACUGUCAGUCCUGCAGACCCUUCACCUCCUACCACCUCCCCACAUCCAGGACACCUGACAAAUGUCACUGAGAACAGCUCCAAAAUUAUACCCAGUGCAGCCGUUUCUGGGGAUCCCCAUCCAGCCAAGGUUAUACAGAGUACACCAGUGCCAACCGGAAACCCUACACUGGGACCAGUGCACUCAACUCCAGAUCCAGUGCUCACUACAAGUCUCAAAACCGUGCCCAGCAACCUCGCUCCUACUGUUAAAAAUGCCACUGCAAAAGUCUAUUCACCCGGGGUCGACGCACUCCCCCUGCUGAAAGCAACAGAGCCACCAACGACUGAAGGAAUAGUCAAUGUCGUCCCCACGACAACAAGACAGACGACAAGGCGGGAAAUUUCUUGUUCUUUUCCCGUGGUGGGUGCAAAUGUGGAGUCCACCAAUACGCCACAUCUGGAAACCUCCAGUGUUAAGACGACCGCACAGAAGUCCCUCGCCCUCACACUGAAAGAUGCGAGCACGGUCAUAUGUGCUAUUAGGAAGAUUGGGAUCUCCAUAGAUAAGGCCUUCCUCAAGAUGAUGUCCAUUGUCAGUCAAUCUCUGUUCCUUGGGAGUCGGGAAUGUUCCAUAAAGUGCAGCACAGACACCCACAUCUUCAUAGAAGCCGGAUGGAAAGACUGCAAUACUGAUGUGAACAGUAACAAGACUCACAUCAUGGUAAACUCUACGCUGUACAUCGACCUUUCAACAACAUCUCUAAAUGUGACUCCAAGAGCCAUCAGCUCCAUACGCUGCAUGUUCCACAACGAGAUCCUGUGGUCAAGUGGAUACAAUCCCUCCGGAGGAAUUUACUCCCUCAUAGAAAAACUUGAAGGUGACGGAACGUUUACACCAGAAUUCCAGCUUUUCAUUGGAGACCAGCCCAUCCCCCCAAACUUCACGCUGUCGGCCACCGACGAAAUAACAGUUCAGAUCAGCAUAAAAACAGAGGAGAGUCAGUUUAAGGUGGUCAUCAGUGAUUGCUGGGCAACACCCACCGAUAACGCCAAUGACCCCAAGUCUUUCCCUUUCAUCAAGGACAGCUGUGCCUUGACAAACACCUUCACCACCAUCCAUACCAAUGGCAUCUCCAACAAUGCCACCUUCCAAUCCAAGAUCUUUUCCUUUGUUGAAAAUCCCAUUGUUUAUCUGCACUGCCGACUUCAAGUUUGCACGGAGGAGCCCCUGAAAACCUGCAAACCAACAUGUAAUGGUUUCCGUUCUGCAAGAACUGGUGAUGUUGUCUUCACUGAUGUCACCCGGAUUGGGCCCCUGCAAAGGUCCACUCAAUCAUAUGACCAGGGCUCAUCGCCUAACGGAACGCUGGGUCCUGGAUACAUCGCCCUGGUUGUCAUCGGGGUCCUGGUGCUGGUCGCCAUGGUGGUGUCCAUUUUGAUUUGCUGGCACGAAAGAAGAACCGGAAACUACAGCUUUAAGAUUAAGACUCCAGAUGUUGGCUACCAAGUGUUCUCCAACUAG